AGAGUAGAGGACCACUCCGCGACCCGCACGGUUUGUUGUUUUUCCCCCAUGCGCUGUUUGUUUUGCACUCCCGUGCGCACAAGGACUUCUAAAUGAUCCAGCGCGGUCCUCCAAGAGGGGGCUCCCGGGACUUGUACCGUCUUUUCUUUUCGGUGAGGGGGUGCUUGAGAUCAGCUGUAGCAGAGGACGCUGGAGCUGGAGGGCAGUUUGUGCCAUUGAAAUCCCUGCGAUGGAAUGAUCUGCUGCAGAAACUCUUCUGAACUUGUGGACGUUUCCUUCUGCGUCUCCUUCUGCGUCUUUCUUAUUCAUUUAUAUAUAUUUUUUAAUUGUUUACUCCCGUGAGGAGUUUGUUGGACUUCCCCCGGCCUGAUCAUGUAUGGAUAGCGGGAGGUUUCUCGCUCAGGAAUCCGGCUCAAAUGGAUCAGCGUUGACGGGUUUUAUGGAGCCGGGAUUACACCGCGCAGUGGCAGCCUGUUGAACGCCCCCCCCACACACACACACAUCGUACACACACCAUCUGCCUCGGAAUAAACAACGCUCCUCCGGUAAAGAAGUGGCGAAGAAAGUUAUUAUUUUUGUUGUUGUCGGUACACAUGUCACUGUUGUGAGUUGCGCCCCGGUUUCUCCGCAGCCAGAACAAUGGCGAGCCCCAGCGCAGCGGGACGGAGCGCCCGCCGCUCCGCUCUGCCCCUCGGCGGCGCGCUGCUGCUCCUCGGCUGCCUCGCGGCGGCCUCGCCGCCCCACGGCCGCCGGCUGAUCUGCUGGCAGGCCAUCAUGAACUGCCAAGCCGAGCCCGAGUGCAACUACGCCUACGAGCACUACGCGCGCGCGUGCGGCCCCGUGCUGAACGGCGAGCGGAGGAAGUGCCCGAGCCACUGCAUCUCGUCGCUCGUGCAGCUCAACCUGACCAAGAACGGGCCGGCGCUGGAGGACUGCAGCUGCGCCCACGACCCGAUGUGCACGAGCACCAAGCGGGCCAUCGAGCCCUGCCUGCCCAAGACCACCAGCACCGGCUGCACGGAGGCCCGGCGCCAGUGCGAGCGCGACGGCCCGUGCAGCUCCGCCAUGCACGACUACCUAAAGCACUGCGGGAAGCUGUUCAGCGGCGCGAUCUGCACGAAUGCCUGCCGCAACGUGAUCGCGAACAUGCGCAAGAUCCCCAAGGGUCAGCAGCUGGACGCGUGCAUGUGCGACGGCACGGAGCGGGCCAUCUGCGAGUUCGUGAAGAGCAGCAUGAAGAUGCUGUGCUUCGACUCGCCCGCGCGGGGGGAUGAGGGCAGCGGGUCGGACUACGGCCCGGACCCGGACUACGAGGACGACCCUCCGGAUUCGGACUACCUGGAGGAGCCGGAGAGCGGUGCCUCCCCUCGGGCGACCCGCUGGGCUUUAACCCUGCUGGCAUCCAUUUUGGCUCUAUUUGCUCUCGUUUAAUCCACCGGGGUUCGUAAUCUAACCCCAAUUAUUUUUUGUGUGUCCGGAUAAAAACAAAAAGUCUCUCUUUGACCCUGCUGCGAUCGUUGGAAGUUUAAGAGCCUCGCAGACUCAAAGCGGAAAAGAAAAGUGUGUUUUGUUUGAAUAGUUUUCUAGACGGUGAAGGAUUUCAAAUCAGGAGAUUUGCAAUGCAAGUGAGAGCAGAAAGACUCUCAUCUA